UCAUUAAUUGAACAAAAAUGAACUGGCGUCGACGAGCUCUAGUCCAAUAAAUUGAAAUCCAUUAACAAGAAGGCUCGGAGCGUGAGAAAUUCUCUUCCACCAUCAAUUCCAUGGAAUCGCGAGCAGCUGCCCAUUCAUAGCUGCCGGGAAAGGUCAGCCUUCUGUCGGUGACGAAACUGCUGGCCGUGAUUUGUGACCUUCGCACUUGGCCCGUGGGCCUCUGUUCGCACUGACCCGACCUUAGGUUCACCUUGGAUGGCCCGACUGGCCGCUCAUUCUCGCCAGACAUGGUGUGCUGGACACACGUGCUCGUCACCCUCGCGCUUCUCAGCUCCGCAACCCUCGCCGGCUUUUCGCGGCGGCAAACCAAAGUUCCUAAGUCGCUACCCUUCCCAUGUCACCACGCGGAACAGUUUCGGUCGUUGCAGCGGCCGAAUUCCGUACACAAACUGAUGCCUGGUGACAUCGAUGUGGUGGCUGCAAUGGGCGACAGCCUCACAGCCGCCACUGGAGCUGUGGCCGAAGACAUCUACAGCGUCAUUUCAAUAGAAAAUCGCGGAAUGUCAUUUUCCAUAGGUGGGCAAGGGACGUGGCGCGAGUUCCUCACCGUGCCUAACAUUCUGAAGAACUUCAAUUCGAACCUGACCGGCUUCUCGGUCGGAGACGGACACUCAGAAAGCCGGAGCUCGCGUUUCAACGUCGCUGUCAAUGGGGCAAUGGACCAGGACAUGGAAUUUGCCGCCGCUACCUUGGUGCGGCGAAUGCAGGCGGAUCACACGAUCGACUUCAAAAACGAUUGGAAGAUGAUAAACGUUUGGGUCGGGACGAACGACAUUUGCAGCGAUUUCUGCUACGACGGCAGCCAGGGUCCGAAUGGGCACUUCCUGAAUUUGCAGAAGACCCUGGACUACCUGCACCAACACGUGCCGCGUGCUUUCGUCAACCUCAUCUCCGCUCCGUACAUUCCGGCGUACGCUCAGAUGAGGGGCGAUGAACCGACCAUGUGUCUGACGAUGCUGCCGUUCAUGUGCUCGUGUCUGUUUGGCAUCAACCACCCGGCCAAGAUGAAGAACGUGACCAAAGCCACCCGAUACUUCCAGAUGGUGGAGCAGGCGCUGGUGGAAAGCGGCAGGUACGACACGAGAGAUGACUUCACUGUGCAGUACCAGCCGACGUUCAAGAAGCUCAAGUUUCCCAAGUACCGAGACCGCCGAACCGGCGUCGAGCACACUGACUACUCGUACCUCGCGCUUGACUGCUUCCACUAUUCACAGAAGUUCCACGCCGUAGGUGAGAUAGAAAGAUGAUUCACCGCAAUAAUAAAUUCAAUAAUUGACCCACGAAGUCAUCAGCAGAGACAUAUUUAUCGUAAUUAUAAUAAUAUUGUUUGUUUUGCGUCAUUUAUUUAAUUUAAAUGCGCGCAAUUAAAUCAGAAAAAAAUAAACGCAGCGGGGAUUUUUUGGAGUUAAUUCAAAGAUAUGGUUUUCAUUUGGUGUACUUGCGUGUAUUUUAUUAUCGUGUUUGUGUCACUCUGUUUUUAGGAAGAAUGGAACUAUCCCUUUUUAUACAUCCUUCGACUUAUACAGGAAAAAAUGCUUGUUUCAGCCGCCAACACAUUUUGGAACAAUUUGCUGGAGCCACCAGGGCAGAAGAUCAGUGAAAUGGGUCCUCUAUUUGAGCACUUUGAAUGUCCCACCAAGGAGCGGCCGUUCUUGGCCACGCAUCUCAACAUCAAGUGAGAGCAUUAAGAAGCGUGUUCAAUAUAUAUUAUAUUUAUUUUUAAUUUAUGUCAUGUGAACAUUUGAGCCUAAAUCAAAAUAAAACAAAGAGAGCUAUCCAACCAAUUGCUGCGUGCCAAAUAACAACCUGUGGUGAUUUUUAUCUUAGAAAAUGUCUUUUCUUUCUUUUUUGUACUUGGAAUAUGUGUGUGUGUGUGUGAUUAAUUGUUGCAAAUUUUUAGCCUAGCCUUUUGCAGGCCUCUUUUCUAUGGUAACUAAUUCCGGGCCUGCAGAGGUAGUCCAAUGGCACUGAUUCGGGGGAGGAAGGCUAGGGGCUGCGCGGGGGCCGCCGCGGGCUCCGAGUCGGGGGCCUCACGGCCUCUGUCGGCCGCGUGUGGGGACCAGCAGGGGUCGUGAGGGUCAAGUCGAAGCCGGCCGCUGGCGAUUUAGUUCAGGUUCUUUUGGAUCCAGGGCAGGAAACUGGUCACGCGCGUGUACACGCCGGGGUAUUGGCCCUUGCCGCAGCCGAUGCCCCAACUCACGACGCCCACUUGCGUCCACCGGCCGUUGUUCACCAUCAGGGGGCCACCACUGUCACCCUGAAAUCACACAAAAAUGAACUAAUCAUUU